GGGAGAUCAGCCGGUAGCCUUGGGGUGAAAAAUGACAGACUCUGUUGCUGCUAAUGGGGAAGGAAAGGACCCUGAAAUUGAGCUCUUUGUGAAGGCUGGAAUAGAUGGAGAAAGCAUUGGGAACUGCCCGUUCUCCCAGCGUCUCUUCAUGAUCCUCUGGCUCAAAGGAGUUGUGUUCAAUGUCACCACUGUUGACCUGAAAAGAAAGCCAGCUGACCUACACAAUCUGGCUCCUGGGACCCACCCACCUUUCUUGACUUUUAAUGGAGAAGUCAAGACAGAUGUUAACAAGAUUGAGGAAUUCUUGGAAGAGACUCUCGCACCUCCAAAGUACCCUAAGCUGGCUGCCAAGCACCGGGAAUCAAACACUGCUGGAAUUGAUAUAUUUUCCAAAUUUUCUGCAUACAUCAAAAACACCAAGCAGCAGGAUAAUGCUGCCCUUGAAAAAGGUUUGGUGAAGGCUCUGAAGAAGCUGGAUGACUAUCUGAGAACCCCUCUGCCAGAGGAGAUUGAUGCAGACAGCACUGAAGAGGAGAAAGUGUCUAAACGCAAGUUUCUGGAUGGAGAUGACCUGACCCUUGCUGACUGCAAUCUUCUGCCCAAGCUCCAUGUUGUCAAGAUUGUUGCAAAGAAAUACCGCAACUUUGAGUUCCCAGCAGAGAUGACAGGGCUGUGGCGGUACCUGAAGAACGCGUACGCCAGGGAUGAGUUCACCAACACCUGUGCAGCUGACAAGGAAAUUGAGCAAGCUUACGCAGAUGUGGCCAAGCGGCUCAGCAAGUCCUAAGUGACCUCAGUUGUGGCUCAGUAUCCCCUUUUACAGACUCUUCUCCUUGUUGCCUUAAGAUAUACUUUGUUGUUAUGCUAUCUGGUUGGCAUCCUUAUGACUUCAUCUGUUCAAGUGUAUUGGUAAGGGACAAAUCUGCUCCUCCCUUGAGGAAAGAGAAGGCAGCUCUAGUGUGGGAUCAUGGAGACCCUUUGAAAUCUGAACCUAAGAUCUUGCUCAACUAGUAUUAUUUGCAAUCAGUAUUUGAAAUUAAUCCACUUUAAUAGAUUCUUUUUUCAUGUUGGGGUAUAUCAUCACCUGUA